AGUUAACCGAUUUGCGUCUGUGUGGCAAAAUGUAAUAUUCUUAUUGGGACAGAGCAAACUGUAUGGGCUAGGUUGACAGCUUGAUCUCGUCACUUCGUUAGGGUUUCGGUUGAAGUUAGUUACCGUUGGUAGGCUAUAGACUCUCAGGCACACCUUCCAUACCUGCCUUAUCUAAGAGGGCGUGUCCGAAACGAGUCUAGUAAGCGAGGAAUCACCUGAGCGCAUUACAACAGCAGCACACAGGUGUGAAAAUGGGGAAAGCAGUUGGACGCUGGGACUUUGAAUGGGUUUAUAAUGAACAACCGCACACAUGGAGAAGAAAAGAAAUAUUAGCAAAGUAUCCUGAAAUCAAGUCUUUGAUGGGUCAUGACCCCCAGCUGAAGUGGGUGGUGUCAGGGAUGGUACUCACCCAGCUGCUGGCCUGUUACAUGGUUCACGAGCUCUCCUGGAAGUGGGUGGUGUUUUGGGCGUAUGCAUUCGGUGGCUGCAUCAACCACUCUCUGACCCUCGCCAUCCAUGACAUUUCACACAACGUGGCCUUUGGCACUAAAAAGGCGCGCUGGAACCGCUGGUUUGCCAUGUUCGCCAAUCUCCCCAUUGGCUUGCCUUACUCGGCAUCCUUCAAGAAGUACCACAUCGACCACCAUCGGUAUCUUGGAGGAGAUGGCUUGGACGUGGAUAUUCCGACCGACCUUGAGGGCUGGUUCUUCUGCACCCCAGCCAGGAAGGUGCUCUGGCUCUUUCUCCAGCCUUUGUUCUACGCGCUCCGUCCCUUGGUCGUGAACCCCAAGCCUGUGACCAGGUUGGAAAUGCUGAAUGCAGUCGUGCAGUUUGUGGUAGAUAUUAUCAUCUACUAUUUUUGGGGUCUCAAGCCUAUAGUCUAUCUUAUUGCUGGCUCUAUACUGUGCAUGGGCCUGCAUCCCAUCUCUGGACAUUUCAUUGCUGAACACUACAUGUUUAUGAAAGGUCAUGAAACCUACUCUUAUUACGGCCCUCUCAACUUGAUAACCUUCAAUGUGGGAUACCAUAUGGAGCACCAUGAUUUCCCCAGCAUUCCUGGCAGCAAAUUACCUGAGGUCAAGAGGAUUGCAGCAGAGUACUAUGACUCACUCCCUCAACACACUUCCUGGAUGCGAGUGCUCUGGGACUUUGUAUUUGAUGACACCAUCGGCCCCUAUGCCAGAAUCAAGAGACAAUACAAACUUGGCAAAAAGGAAUAAAUUGGGUAUUAGACUACUGAUCUAACCAAAGAGUACUACACAGAUCUGCAAAUGAAACAUAACUGGCACUUGCAGGCAAAGGAACAAACCUUUUCACACAUGAACCUGCAAACCUCUUCAUUCUGUCACGGCAUUUCAUCAUAGAGAUCCAUCUGAACAAUAUCCAAACUAUUACUUCACAUUCCCUGCAAUUGGGACCAUGUUACAUGAUUUGUAAUUUACUGUUUCGGUGUAUCAAAGCCCAGUUAACCAUAAAUUCAUUCCUACCCAAGACGUGAAACUUUGUAUUCGAUUCUGAUGUUGAUCUUAUGGUAUAUAUAUAUAUGAACAAAAUGAAUGCAGUUGUUUUGUGUAUCAUUGCCACUCAAGUCACUCAAAUAUACUCAACUUCUGAGAUGCCAGUUAAGAUGUACCUGAGGAAAGAAGUGCUGAGAUGAAAUGUGAGUUUAAGCAGAUAUGAAAUUCCUUUUCAUCAGUGAGGCCUUUUUGAAAAUCUAAUAUUUUGUGCAAUGUUGUGUAACUAGAAGAGUCUUUAAAUUGUGUUUCAUAUGUUCUGUCGUUUGCACUGUGACAGUUUAACUCUGAACACCACUGUGAUAAAUAUGCUGUGGAAUAUAUUUGUUCAGCACACUGUAGUUCAAUAAAAUUCUCUUACAAGAUGAAUCUGAA